AUGGUGAACCGUGCAGCCAGCAAUCCGCUCUUCGACGAGGGGCUGGGAGACGCAGCGUCUCCGUCCCCAGCCGAAGGCUCCGUGACGCAGAAAAAGCGAAAACUCGACACUUCACAUCGCGAACCGCUUCUUGCCAACAAAGUGAAUACCAAAUACAGGACGUCUCCUUGUUCUCCUGCCUCGUCUCCUUCUUCUUCAGCCGCGCUUGUGGAAGAAGGAAUGUUUGUUGUGCUUGUAUGCUCGCUCGGCCGUCGUUUCGUCGUUCGCGUGCCGCGCUGUUUGGAGUCUGGUGAUUUUCGAGAGGAAGAAACGAGCGAAGAGCCUGCCUCUGAAGAAUGCGAGACGUCGUCUGUUCGACGCAAAGAUGACGCGGCACACGGAGAAUGCGGAGACUCCCAAGGCCCCGGAGGACGAAACGGAGGCAAGAGUCGCAGGGAGACUGGAAGUGGGAGUCGAAGCGCGUCUUCUGGAAGCUGGGUUUCGUCAGCGUCGCCCUUUGAUUUUCCGCUUUCGCUUCUUCCCGGCCAUCCGUUUUUCUCGUCAUUUGUCUGUUGUCGCGGCAUCUGGCAAGUCGACGAGACGCCCAUGCGCGUGGGCGACCUUCUCGCGCACAUGCAGCGAGACGGCGAAGGAUCCGAAGAGGAGUCCGAGCCGUGUGAAGGGCGCGGUGUCUGUCGGCUUGCUUUCGACGUGCACGAAGAGGUAGAAGGAGACAAUCGCGACAUAGCAGACAGCAACGACGCCCAACAACUUACCGCUGGAGCAAUCGAGUGUCUCAGAGAGGAAGGGCUGCGUGGCGAAGAGGUGAUUCGCAUGUUGAUGGCAAACAGCGCCACGUUUGAGAAGAAGACAAAGUUUGCGCAGGAGAAAUACAUCCGGAAAAAGAUGGCCAGACACCUGAAGCGUGUCACGGUCCUUCCCGCGACUCUCCGCGAAGUCUGCGAGGCUUACUACGCCAGUGAUGCCUCCAAAAUUGCACACCUGCGAAUGGACUAUCUGAGUUCGGUAUUGAUCAACGCCAACAUCAAGAGCGGAGACCGCGUCCUCGUUUUUGACCACGCCAUGGGCCUUCUCACUGGCGCUGUCGCGCUUCAACUUCACGGAGUGGGCCGCGUGUGGCGUCUGAUGGAUCGGGGCUCGAGCGACAAAAUCGACGGCGAGUUGAAUCUCCCGCCCGCGGUUAGACAAGUCGUCUUCAACGUCCCUCUGACCGCGGCAGAGUCUUGGCCCUCGAAGCGCCGGCGCCUUCUGGCUGUUUCCUCGCAAGGCCAGGCAGACAAUGGUUCUCCUGAAACUGGCAACUCUCAAGCCGUCUCUGCUAGUCCCUCUCCGUCCACUGUUGUUUUGUCUUCAAAUCGCUUUUACUGGGAGCUCGAGCAGAUGCACAGCUCGGGGGUGGACAGCGUCAUCUUCGUUCUGGGCCUGAAAAAGCUUAUCAAGGCAACCCCUUCAGACGCGCUCCCCGCCCUGAGACGUCUAGCGCAUCGGCUGCUUCUUCUCGCCUUUCGGCUCCUGAAAUCCGAGGGGCGACUUGUGGUCUUCUGCCACAACUGGGAGGUGGCGUCUGCCCUGCAUGCAGCAGCUGGUGCAUCUCGUGAAUUCGUUCACGUUCAAAUGCAGGAGUUCAUGCUCCGAGAGCAACAGAUUCUCCCUCGGCGCACGCAUCCGGUGAUGAAUUCGUCGCUUCCGCUCUUCAGCGGCUUCGUCGUAUCUGCCAUCCGCAUGCAGCCUGACAACUAA